CCCCCAUGGCUGUCACGGGCCGGCUAGUCUGCAUAUUUCCCUCUGAGGUGCAGCCUGUUCAGCAAGCUUGGGACCUUCACAGCAGAUCACCUGCUCUCCUUACCUCCUCCCUGGGAGACACUGUACAUUAUUCGGCCUCUGUUCACAGUCUGGGCACCGGAUGGGGACUGAUAUGACGUACAACUUUGUCUUCAAGGUGGUGCUCAUCGGGGAGUCAGGAGUUGGGAAGAGCAACCUGCUGGCUCGCUUCACUAAAAACGAGUUCAACCAUGACAGCCGCACCACCAUCGGAGUGGAGUUCAGCACCAGGACCAUUCAGGUGGAAACCGCCGUCAUCAAAGCCCAGAUCUGGGACACGGCUGGACUGGAGCGCUACAGAGCCAUCACUUCAGCGUACUACAGAGGAGCAGUAGGCGCCCUUCUGGUGUACGACUUGACCAAGCACCUGACCUAUGAGUAUGUGGAGCGUUGGCUGAAGGAGCUGUAUGACCAUGCUGACCCUCACAUUGUCAUCAUGCUCGUGGGCAAUAAGAAUGACCUUGAGGGUCAACGGACGGUGCCAACAGAAGAGGCCAAGGACUUUGCAGAGAGCAGAGGUUUGCUGUUUAUGGAGACAUCAGCUUUGGAGUCCGUAAAUGUUGAAGCUGCCUUCCUCAAAGUCUUAACAGAGAUCCAUAGGAAAGUGGCCAGCAGAGAGGUCACUCGAGGAUCCAUCAGUGCCGUGACCCUUUCUCCCUCUAUCGGCCCAACAAGUGAAGCCCACACAGAAAGCAGAUCUUGCUGUGGGAGAUCCUGAUUCCAUUCCCCAUCCACACCCCUUUCUUUUUUUAUCAGUGUAUAUAAAAUAAAAAACACAUUCA